AUGCCACCCCCUAUUACUUCCCUUCAGAUUGUACUCCUAAUUUUGCAUUAUUAUUUUUGGACAUCUUCCUAGUGCAACCAAUCCCACACGUAAAAUGCCAAUGGAAAAUUGAACCUAUAUAAGCUAAAUUGGUCAUUGAUUGGUUACCCGAAACUAUAAAGUAACUCUGACAAGGAUCCAUCUUUUUUCUAUCGGUUCACAGUGGUUCUGAAGAAAUAAUUGAAAAUAAUCUAUCCAAUAUGUCAAGAAGAGGGUCAAUGAUAACCUUAAGAAGUGUUGUUGAUGCAGUACGUUCAAGAAGAUUUCAAUCAAGCUACGAUGGACUACAGAGAAGCAAUGCAAUUGUGUCACCGGCAAGGGUUCAAAGCAGUUAUUGGAUGAGUCCUGCCCUACAAUUCUUUAGCACCAACACUAACAGCAAAACAAGCACUAAUCUUUCAAAUGGAUCAACGGAUGUCAAGGUUGAACCACGGGUCCCUUCUAUAUUCCUCUCCUUCCCCCACUGGCUAAGAUGGUUAUUGGGCUCAGUACUUGGUCUCUUGCUACCUUUCUGGAAAAUUUACUGGGGAAAACUAGAGAGAAUAGAAGGGGAGGCAGAGAUUGUGGCGGAGGAGGUUGAAGCGGUGGCAAGUGUAGUGGAAAAGGUGGCAACAGUAGCAGAGAAAGUAUCAGAAGAUGUGGCAGAGAUGCUUCCAGAGGAUGCUAAUCUAAAGAAGGUAGCUGUGUUUGUGGAACAUGCAUCAGAACAGAUUGCUCAUGAUGCUCAACUAGCACAACAGUUCAUACACAAGGUUGAAAAAGUCAAGAACGACCUUGAUGAUUUGGAAUCAUUUGUUGAACCCGUAAUUGAUAAGAUUGUGAAGAAAGAAGCUGAAAAAAAUUGAGCCAGCAUAAUUACUUUCGUGCACGUCAUUGUUUCCUUUACACUAUAUAUUACUGUACAAAUGUACAUGCGAUCCUUCUUCGCGGUAACUUCCUUUUGCCGUGAAAUUGUAAUUUGUUUUCCAUCUUUUAUAUAAUUUUGCAUCAUUAUAUAAAGGUGAACUAUUUUU